GGCGGCCGCAGCUCCGCGCAGGGCGCAGGGCGGGGCGGGCGGGGCCGGGAGGAGGCCCCGGGCCGCGGGCCAGGCCGACCGGGUCACAAUUUGGGUUCGCAGCAAAAAUGCUUUCAGAACAGACGGCAGCCCUAGGGACAGGAUGGGAGUCUAUGAAUGUCCAGCUGGAUGGAGCACAGCCCCAGAUGGAGAGGAGAAGCCAUGAGGAGGGGCCAUGGAGAAUGGCACCAGGGCCACUGGAACACCUGUGCUGUGACCUUGAAGAAGAGCCACAGUCCCUUCAGGAAAAGGCUCAGUCGGCUCCCUGGGUUCCUGCCGUUCCCCAGGAGGGGAGCACCGGAGACUGGGAGAUGGCAGCGGCACUUCUUGCAGCCGGAUCACAGGGCCUGGUCACCAUCAAGGAUGUGUCACUGUCCUUCUCUCAGGAGGAGUGGCGGAGCUUGGACCCUUCCCAGACAGACUUUUAUGGAGAAUAUGUCAUGCAAGAAAACUGUGGGAUAGUGGUCUCUCUAAGAUUUCCAAUUCCUAAGCUGGACAUGCUUUCUCAGCUAGAAGGAGGGGAAGAACAGUGGGUCCCUGACCCACAGGACCUGGAGGACAGGGACAUCCUGAGGGUAACAUACACAGGAGAAGGAAGUGAGCACGAGGGGGACACCCCUGAACUAGAAGCAGAACCGCCCAGGAUGUUCUCCAGUGUAUCUGAAGAGACUGCUCUCUGGAACCCGGAGCAGGAGGAGCGCUGGGAGUCCAUGCCCAGAAGCUCCAGAGGAAUGCUCCUGGGCCCACCGUUUCUUCAGGAAGAUAGCUUCUCAAAUCUUCUGUGUAGCACAGAGAUGGACUCCCUGCUGAGACCGCACACAUGCCCCCAGUGUGGGAAACAGUUUGUGUGGGGCUCCCACCUUGCCAGGCACCAGCAAACGCACACCGGGGAGAGGCCCUAUAGCUGCCUCAAGUGUGAAAAGAGCUUUGGGCGAAGACACCACCUCAUCCGACACCAGAAAACCCACAUGCAUGACAAGCCCAGCAGGUGCUCCGAGUGCGGCAAGAGUUUCCGAUGCAGCUCCCAUCUGGCCAGCCACCAGAGGAUGCAUGCGGAAGGCAGGUCCUGCAAAGGCCAAGAAGCUGGAGAGAGCCCUGGGGCGAGGAGGCGGCAGCACACCCCACCGGUGCCCAAGAGCCACGUGUGCACCGAGUGUGGGAAGAGCUUUGGCCGACGGCACCACCUGGUGAGACACUGGCUGACCCAUACCGGGGAGAAGCCCUUCCAGUGCCCUCGCUGUGAGAAGAGCUUUGGCCGGAAACAUCACCUGGACAGGCACCUGCUGACCCACCAGGGACAGAGUCCCAGGAGCAGCUGGGACAGAGGGACAUCUGCCUUCUGAUUUCUGUUUCUGCUGUAGCUGUGGUCACAUCUAUCAGCUGGUGCUGCCAGGAGUCUCUGCCAGAGCUGCCUCUCUCUUGCCCCCGAUGGCCAGGAUCAGGAGGCCUGGCCUCAUCCCUAGAAAGAUGAGGUUUCAGCAUGGGCCAGAGCAUUCUUCACCACUUCUGUGGGAUACCACGGAAAAGAGAGUUCUUUGGGCAAAACUUUUGGGAAACAAUGCUUACUACAUGGGCUGAUAUUCAGCCGAGUCCAUUCUUAAGCGUACAGUGGUAACAGCGGUUUAUGGCUGAGGUCCAUGCUGGUUGGAGUCUAGGCCAUACCAGGUGUUAAAUAUUUUUAGUAUCACCACUGUAUACUAUAACUCUUACAUUCUCUUUACAUUACACAUGAGAGAGAGAAAGACCAUGUUGGCUUAUUAAAGGCUCUGAAAAUGGAUGUAGGAAAGCAAAGGUUAAGCCUCUUAAUGCAGCAUUCCCUAAAUGUAUUUGACCUCAGUAUUCUUUCUAUCUCACAUCCCACAGAACUGGUGACUCCAUGAAACACUCUGAAAACACUGGGUUAGAGUAAUGAGGAGACAGAAAAGAGCCCUUCUUUUUAUCCCAGUGAACGCUGAAGGGCAGAUCUCACUCCUGUGUGGGCCCGUCAUCUUCACCCCAACCAUCCAACUAUACAUCCACACCUCUCAACCCCGCCAGAUGGAAAAUAGAAAUAAUAACCUUCUUACCCAUUAUUCCUACUCCUUUAUCCUGCACAUAUGCAUAUCCAGCUGAGAGAUCAUACUACCAUGCUAAGAGAGGGACCUUAUCCUCCCAAGUAACCCAGACUCGCACAGAAGAAAAAACUUCAUCUCUUUGGACAGUCCCCUCUUCUCUUGACUGUGUCUUUAUGUGUCAAUGUGUAUCUGUAUGCAGGGUCUUUGAAGAGAGCAUGCAAAGUACAAACUGUAAAAGCUAGAUUUUCUAGGGGCUGUGUUCUGGUGGUGAGGGUAGUGAUAAUUUUAUGGGGUUUUUGUUUUGUUUCAAGAUAGAAAGUAAGCUCAUCUAUUAAGGGAGUCCUAGUGGAAAGGAUUAUGUGAUGGUAAUGUUGUGGAAGUUGAGGUGUAAAGACUUCUUGAAUGUCACUGAGAUCAAGACAACCGGAUAUUCUCUGUCCAAGUCUCCGGGCCACAGAUUCUUUUUGCUUGGGUGGAGAGAGAAAAUCAUCCUAGCUCAUGAGGUGAGCUCUUUCCUGUUGAUUUCAAGCAAGAUGCAUAUAGAAGCUUUAUGCUGAGUGAGGGUUUUUUGUUUUUGUUGUGUGGUGUGUUUUCUUGUCUUGUUUUAAGUGCUGAGAAAUUAGGGCAGGAAUCACAGUGCUUACAGGUUGUUUCAUUACUCUUGUGUGACCUUGAUUGCCUCACCAAGGGGGCAGAGUUAUUCUUGAGGAUCUUAUUCUCUCCGAAACAGAACUUCAGGGGAUAUGGCAGUGGUUUAAUUUUGCAGCUGAUGCAGGAUAAUGAACUUUCCAGUUGGUAUUCCUCACAAUUCUGGGAAAGUGUCCAUGCUAAGACUCUUAACUCCAGGACUUGCAUAAUAUUCUAGCAUCUGUUAGUUGAUGAGUUGGUCAUUGUUUCUCUUUAUUGAUGAUGUGUUAAUACCAGUGUCACAACUUAAAAAUUAUCUUAUAUGUAAGAGCAGUUUGGGGUUAGAGAGGGAGAGGAGUGGAGAGGAGCAGAGAGGAUGAAAAUAUUUUUCUCUUUAAUGCUUAGAUUCUGGUUUUUCCUCAACAGACUUAUUUUUCCACCACAAUUGGUGGAAUUAAUCAGAGCGGUAAUAAAGGGAGCUGCAACAGUCUAGUUUCAUGACUGUCCCAUUUGCUUAGGGAAAAUGGGGUGAAUCACAGCUCCUCAGAGCCCUGGGCCCAUAUGGACCUGAAAAUAAGGUCAUUUUGCUGAAUGGGCUUCUUAGAGUGGAUAUGACUUGAUCAACCCAGUCCCUGCCUUCUGCUCAGAGCAGUCUUCCUUCUUUGCCUGGAAUGCACUUCUCUUGCUUGUAUUCAUAUGACCAGAGCAAAAUGGCCAGUCCUUUGUAAGGAGCCUUGUUCUAGGUUCUCAUAGACAGGAGUGUUCUAGGAUCAAUAUUAGGAGAAGCCCCAAGGAAUAGGAAAGUAUUGCCUUCCAUAGUGAAACUGGACUAUGCCAUUUCUUUUACCUUCCCACUCUGCCUCAUUCAUUCAUUCAUUCAUUCAUGCAAAUCAGCUCUAUUAAGCAGUGGUUCAGAACCUGUUUUGGAUCACAGACUCUUUUGAAGAUCUGAUAAAAACCAGGAACUCCUUUUUGAA